UGCCAGUUCAUCCCCCACGGGCCCCCCUCCAGUACGAACUUGAACUCUUCCGGCGCUUCUAGUGCUCGCUCGUCGCUCCCCACACCCGACGCGGCGCCGUCGCCCUCCCUCUACUCGCGCGCCCCCGCCGCGCGCAUCCAUGGAUUCAUCCCCGACAUCAGCCGCCGCCGCCGCCUCUGCGCCGAUGGCGGCGUCCGCCCCGCCGCUCGACGACUGCCUGCGCCUCCUCCGCGGCGAGCGCGACGAGCAUAAGCUGGCGGGCCUCCUCGUCGCCGCCAACGUCUGCCGCGCGGGCGACGCAGACGCCGUCCGUAAGGUCUACGACGCCGUCGGGUCCCGCUUCCUCCGACGCCUCCUCAACACAGGGCUGGGGAAAGUGGAGGGCGGGAAGGAGGAGGAGCGGGAGGCGUACCUGCGCCUCGCCCUGACGGUGCUCGCCGGGCUCGCGCGCGCUCCGGAGGUUGCGGCCGACGAGGGGGUCGUCUCCACUGUGCCCCUAGUCGCCGAGGUUGUCUCCAAAUCGGCUGAUCCAGCAAUCACUGUGGAGUGUUUUGAACUUCUAUCACUUAUUGCAAUAGCCUCAGAAGAUGGGGCAUACAAGUUUUGCGAGCCUGGUGUAAUAGACAUGAUCUACCUUCAAAUCUCAAGCUUACCAGAUGGUUCAAAGUGCAUAGAACUUGCCAUUAAUCUAAUGCAAUUACUUGUCCACAAACUCAAAGUUGACAACAUGAGUGAGGAAAAACUGCAAGGAAUGACAAGCAUGGUGACUUACCUUGCCAGGCUUUUUGCUGUUCUUCAUACUGCAGUUAAAUUUGAUGCCCUGCACAUGCUUACUGCCCUCUUGUCCCAAAAAGAAUCUCCACUUCAUGAUCUUUUGAGAUCAAUGCCAGCAUCAAUUUGGGAAUCUCACAUCCGAGUUGGAAUCACUGCCAUCCUCCAAAAUCGUGUUGUAUCCUCUGAAAAGCUGCAUGCUCUUCUUUUGGCGGAGUGCAUGAUGUCCAUACUAGGUGAGGAUUGGUUGUCAGAAGAUUGUAAAAUCCAGGAUACCCAGAAUAUAUUGCCUGUUGACAAAUUUGUAUUGCUUGUCCUAGAGUCCGCAAGAAUUGAAGUGGCAGUCCUUCUAAAUGAGCUUGCGUAUUUGAAGUACGAGUCUUCAAAUACUUCUCAGACAGAUGAAGCCGUCAGUCAGAAACAGAGAAACCUCGCUAUACUAUUUUCAUUAAUAGAAAGAAUAAUCAAAAUGAUAUCAAAUGCCAGUAGCAGUGAAGGUGCACCAAGUCAGACUAUCCGUGAAAGUACCAUAAUGCAGGCCAUCACAGGAUUAAAUGAGACAAUCAGUUUAGUUUUAGACUUUCUGCAGGAUGCAAAGGAUCAUGGGCAACGGAAAGGUGAUGAUCUUUUGGCAGCUGCAAGGAUAGUAGGAAGUUACCUGGCAGAGGCACCAUAUGCCUGCAAGGAGAAAACCAGAAACCUACUGGAAUUUAUCUUUUCUAUAGAAGGUCAAGAUGAAUCAAGGCCCUUCUAUUCUAUUUGCUUCAUGCUUCCAAUGAUAUCCCAAAUAACAAUGGAGGCUGAUGGAUGUAGAACUUUGGCAUCAUUUGGUGGCUAUAAGGCAGUUAUAGAUUGCCUUGUUAAAAUGACUGAGCAGGAUGGAAUCGACAAUGGUAGCAUGUUUUUGGCAUGUGAUACCAUCAUAAACUUCAUGUCUAAUAGGAAAAGUGUCCAUAUUCCAGUGGAUUCUUGUUUCAUUCGCCUCCUAAAAGCACUUGUUACAUGGGCUGGAUCCUCAAAUGCCUCAUCAGUUACCAUGACAGCAUCCUGCUUAUGUGCGAUGCUGAUAGACUUGACAUCAGAAGAGUUUCUAUUGCGCUGCUCUGAUUUUGACGCCAAGACCCUUGGGAGUUUGUCUGAGCUCAUUGUCAGAAGUUUGCAGCAGGAUGUCCCUGACGAUGAUGGGGAGCGAUUCAACCAGAAGCAGAUCAUUGUAUCAGGUUAUCGGCGAUGGGCUGAUAGAUUUCCACAUGUUAAAAACGUAGUGGAUAAGCAUGUAUCCAUGUGAUCAUCCGUUUCCCCAAGAGCUGUUCUCCAUGAAUUGGAAUCUAAAAGCGCAGAUAUGCCCAUGCCUCAGCUUCAUCUUCGGUGGGUCAUUAGGUUUAUGAACCAUUCCCUUUACCCUGUAUUCACAUGUGACCUGUUGCUGAUGUGCUUUUGGUUAGGGGAUUUUAGGUUACAAUUAUUCUCCAAUGGGGAAUUUGAGGUUAGGAUAAUUCUGCUGCGACAGCUCAAAUGUGUACACCAAUAUGGAUGGAAAGAGGGCAUUGCUUAUCCAGUUAAUCCUCAUUAGCAAUGCAAGUGGACACUAGAAUGCUUAUGCAAAAGAAGAAAGAAGGCGCUGAGGCCACAAAGAUUUAACUCAACCAUUCUGUACAGAACUGUUGUAACAAUACAAAGCUCAGAUUUCAGAGUGCAGUGCACUCUGAAGGAAGGAAGGUUUUGUAAGAUCAGGAAAAGGCUCUUCGCUUGCCGCUACGCCAUGAACUGUUUUGCGCAUGUCACGAGUUUGUAUUAGUUGCAACGCCAAGUCCCGUCCCAUUCAGAAUGGUCUGAAAAAGCUACUGCUAUCGAUAUAUGCGGUGGAUAAUUCAUUAUGUAUUCACCUUGAUGAAAAAGCUACUGCUAUCGAUAUAUGUGGUGGAUAAUUCAUUAUGUA